AUGCACCUUUGGUCGUCACUGCUCUUCGUGUGUAUCCUGUGCAACAGCAUGGACCUUGCAGUGGGCGACGAGGUGGCAGCAAGGAGUGAGAGCAACGUGUGGGUGUGGGGGUCGAACGAGAGAGGCCAGCUCGGCACGGACUCGAAUGUGGCGAAAAUAUCCUCUCCAGCGCUGUCCGACCAGUUGAACACUUGGUGGCGAGGAAAGAACGUGACCAAGGUCGUAACGGGGGUGGGAGGAGGAGGAGGGAUGGGAGAGUAUUCUCUGAUCCUCACGUCCGAAGGAAGACUGUACAGCUUCGGAGACUGCACGACAGGAAACCUCGGGGUGGUAGCCAGUCUUUGCCUUCAGGGCAACUGUCAGGCAGGGGGAGGAGCUAUCUUCUGUCAGAAGAGCCCUUUGCAGGUUGUCUUCCCCAACAUCUCGGGAUCCAACGGCGAGCAAUCCAUCAUCGUUGACGUCUCGGCCGGCAGCGAGCACGUCCUCGCCCUGGCAGAGGACGGGACUGUGUUUGCAUGGGGAUCGGCAAACCAGGGAUGUCUGGGGAACGGAUGCUGCGAACAAAGCCACUGCUCUUCCUGCUCUGGAUGCGCACAGAUGCAGCCAUGCUAUUUCUUCUCCCCCAUCGUCUCCUCCAGGCUCACCGCGUCGGUGCUGGGGUCCCCUGUGAAGAGAGUUUUUGCAGGGCUCGACUUCAGCAUGGUCAUGACACGAGGAGGAAGCGUGUUCGGCUUCGGGAGGAACCAGUUGCAGCAGCUGGGGCUGGGGUACGCCAACAUAAGUCAGUACGUAGCAGAGCCUGCGGAAGUAGCGGCGCUGAGAGGAGCUGUGGACCUGUGCCUGGGAACGACCCACGGACUUGCGCUGAUGCCCGGGGGAGCGGUGCUGUCGUGGGGAAAUGCAGACAUGGGACAGACAGGAAGAACUUUCAUGUCGCCUCCUCUCGCUGUGGCAUUGACCAACAAGGCUCGGGGUAUCGGAUGCGGGGCUCAAUUCAGUUUUGUUAUCGGGGAGUAUGGAGAGCUGUACGCGUUUGGAUUGAACACCCAAGGACAACUUGGGUUCUCGACAACUGGAAACGAUAAAAUUUGCAAACAGAGCAAUUUCUGCGAGUUCCAGCCAAGAUUGGUAUCGCUGCUUUCGAAUGCGGGAGUGAAAAUAUCUGCCAUCAAGGGAGGAGACGGACAUUCGAUUGCACUUGCUGGUAGAGAGGAGGAGGUGGAUGACGACGAUGGCAACGAUGAGUACAAGGACGGUUGUAUUUCUGAUGGAGACAGAAGUCAGGAAAGGAAGGACGGAGACAACAAUGCUCGUUACACCAUCUACCGCGGAGUCAGCCUUCCUCUCUUCCGCUCCUCCCCGGACCUCCACGUUUCUUCUCCGUCCUUCUACUGCUACGGUGGGCCCAUGAACGGCCAGGCGUGCGGAAAGGAUGGGAUGGGACAGGAGGACAAGCUUUCUUGCGGGGCUGGAGUGUGCGCGCAAUGGACGGGAGUGUGGAUGACGAACGCAAAGGUGACCAUCACGUCGCUCCCUGCCGAAGCGAAAAUCUUCUACACCAUCGGCAAGAGAGAGAUCGUUGCUGCUGAACCCGACGAGAACUCUGCUGUCUACUCGGAUCCAUUCUACCUCGAAGACACUCAAGGAUACAAGGCCAGCGACGUCUCCACCGCCAUCUUUCAAGUCCGCAAGUUCGCACCGUCCGAGGUGAAGGGCAACAGGGACUGGCUGACCUACCUGCUCAUCGCUGCUGGGGUUGUGCUGUUUUUCCUCCUCGUCAUGCUGGCGGUCUACUUCAUCCGACGAAGGAAGAGGGAGCGCAGGAGGAGGGUGGAGCCAACCUGGAGGACGAUAGAGAAGGAGCAGGAAGCAAACAAGAUCGCAGUGCUCGAGAAGUUCGAGCAAGUAACCCCUGCGGAGCCCAAGCACGCCAGCGCCGAGGAUGCCAGGAAAGUGCGACUUGUGAAGAAAUGGACUAUGGCGGAUGAGGAGAUGUUCAAUGCGAUCAUGAAGAAGGAGACGGAGAUGCCGGAGGAGGUAACAAGAGUCCUCGUCGUCGAUGAUGUCAACAUAGAGGAGAGGAAAUGGAAGCGAGUCAACCUCGACAACUUUGCCAACCCGAGCCUCCGUCUCCUCAAGGACAGGAAGUCUUCUGUCAGCGAGAUGGGUUGGCACGAAGAGAAGAAGAAGCGGGAGAAGAAGGCGAGCACGAGCAGCCGCAGCCGCAGCGCGCUCGACAUGGUCACGGUCCUGAGGCCGGAGGGGAGGAGAGGGCAUCCGGGCAUCAUCAUCGCCAUCACCAUCACCAUAAGGGCGGCGACGAGGAGCGAGUCAGGCCCAGCAGGAGGAAGCAGCAAGAGGUCUUCAUCUGAGAACUCUCUCUCAUGGUCAGCCAUCCAAGACGCGCAGAAGAGGCCGAUGAUGCGCAAGUCGUCUUCCUUCAAGGAGAGCAGCUGCAGCGAGCUCUUCACACCAUCCGGCAACAUCGCUUUUCCUCGUGACGCUGGUCCCCCGGACAUCUCGGUGGAAUGA